AUGCCGAGCUGGCACGACGGGUCGACGAGCUCAGAGAGGCUCCCUGAGUUCAAUGACAUCGACUAUGCUCCUGAUACUACUGAGGAACCUACAUUUCACGGAUUGGCCGUGGGAUCUGGCGAACGAUGCCGUGUCCACAACCUUGAGCCGGUGAGAUGUGUGGCCUUUGAAGGGCCGAACACUGGUCGUCGUUUCUACCUCUGCUCCAUUGAAAAUCAAUUACAUGUUACGAACUGUGGCUUCCAUGCAUGGGUAGAUAGUGAGUGGCCUGAGCCACUACAAAAUGCUUUGAAGAAACUAUGGGGAAUGUACUACUCUAGCAAUUCAGGUAGAAUUGAUGACAAGUUAGAGCAUGCCAGAUUUGUUGAGGAGCUUGCUGUAGAGAAAAACAAGAUUGAGAAGAAGUAUGCAAGCCUGCUAGCUGAUGUGAAGAAAUUUGCAGAAGAGACUGAGAAAAGAGUGGUGGAGAGAAAUUGCAAGUUGAUAACUUCAGGAGCUGCUGAUGAAAUUAAUGAGCUAAAGAAGGAGGUUGCUGAGCUGAAGCAGUUGCAGAAAACACAGGCUGAGGUCAUUAGAGCAAAGGAGGAAUUGGAGGCAGGAAGAGAAGCUUGGAAGACAGAAACUGAUGCUUUGAAGAAAGAGAAGGAUGCAUUGAACGAGGAGAAGAGAAAGAUGGAGUACAUGCUCUAUGACCUGCUGAAGCUUAGCAAUGGAAACAAGGAGAAGCUCAAAAGGAUUAGGGAAGUGUGUGAGGAGGAGGUGAUCAUUUGA